AUUGAAUACUAGAAAUAGGAAAGUAAAAAUUGCACAAAGCUAUUAUCUUAUAUGGAGUUAUACUUUGCUUUAGUAUACGUGUCCUUUGCCCUUGCUUGAAUAGAAUAGAAUAGAAUAGAAUAGAAUAGAAUAGAAUAGAAUAGAAUAGAAUAGAAUAGAAUAGAAUAGAAUUCUUUAUUGGCCAAGUGUGAUUGGAGACACAAGGAAUUUGUCUUUGGUGCAGGAAAAAAAGAAAAAUAAUACACUCAUCAAGAAUCAUGAGAUACAACACUUAAUGAUAGCAGUUUCUGCAAUUGACCCAUAUUUGGUUAUUCUACCUCUGUUGCCAAGCCUCAUGACUUCCUAUUCAGAUUUUGGGUAGUCUUAUCCCAUUUUGUCCAUUUCAAACUGACACGUUAUGCAAUCACAUUCUUCUAGGGCAGCGGUCACCAACCAGUGGUCCAUGGAGCAGUGGUGGUCCGCAGAAAAAUUAUUUGCAUUUUUUAUAUUGCACUAAAUAAUAUUUAUCUUUUUAAAAAUUCAUAUUAAUGAUCUGCGGGAUUUAAAAUUAUGAAUUUAAUGGUCCCUGGGGUCCCAAAGGUUAGUGACCCCUGUACUAGGUUAUUAUCCCUCCCGGGGCUGCAGGUAUAUUGUUUCUUAGUGGGUGAUCCACCAGUCCUAUGCUUCCUUUUCAAGGGAGAACUUCUUGUUUCAUUAGAUCAGGUCAGGUCAAAGAUGCUCACACUGCAACAUGCAAAUGUGAGCUUUGCUGAGAAAGUAAUCUGUAAGGGAAAUCAGGAGGUGGAGCCAGCCAAGACCGAAGUAUAAUAAUCCUCAGAGCAUGAAAGGAGCAACCAGAAGUCAGUCAAAGUGUUUCUGGGAAGAUGGAAGAGCCUUUCACAGGGAAAGAUGCCUACACUCAGCAUUUUGAUCCCAGAGACCACCUGGAAAAGUACUACAAAGUGAGCCUUGAGGAUGAUGGACUCGGUGAGGGACGCUUGUUGAUCUGAGAUGGUCAGGAGGAGCCAAGAGGCGGAUCUCAAAGUCAUGCUUUCAUCUUCACAAUUCUGCUGAUCGCAACCUGCACCACUUAGAUUUCUUCUUCAGGGUACAAGCAGCCCAGGAAUGAAAGUAGCUACAAAAGGCAGGUGCCAAAAUGGUCACAAAUAUCCCUUCCAAUCCUGUAAUUUUUUAUCUUCUAUUACUUGAACUUUUUUGCAGAUUGAUCUGGAAAUGAAACACAAGGAGAAAUCUCUUUCCCAUGUGUUUACUUCUUGCUAAGAGUGGGGAAGCAGAUGGCAUCAAGGGAGACACCCUGAUCGACAUUGGCAGUGGCGCAUCCAUCCACCAAUUUCUCUCCGCCUGCGAGUCCUUCCGAGAGAUCAUAGCCACGGAUUGCGCUGACCAGAACUGGGAGGAGGUGCAGCGAUGGCUGAGGAAGGAGCCUGGGGCUUUUGACUGGACCCCCAUCGUGAAAUACGUCUGUGAGCUGGAAGGAGACAGGGAAAAAUGGCCAGAGAAGGAAGAGAAAGUCCGAAGAGCUUUCAAGCGGUACCUGAAAUGCGAUGUGACCCAACCCAACCCUUUGGCUCCACUGGUUCUUCCUCCUGCAGAUUGUCUGCUCUCCAGUUUGUGCUUCGAUGGGGCUUGCAGGGACAUCCCCACCUACCGAUCGGCCUUCAGGAACAUCAGUUCCCUCCUGAAACCAGGGGGGCACCUCCUGUUUUAUUCAACCCUUGAAUCGCACUAUUAUAUCGUUGGCCAACACAGGUUCUCUAACAUUUACUUGGAAAAGGAGAUGGUAGAAGAGGCAGUGAGACAGGCUGGUUUUGUUAUUAAAUGGAUUGAAGAGACCAGGAUCAACUGCCCCCCGCCCAAAGCGGAUGGGAAGGGGAGGUGCAUCCUUCUUGCCCAGAAAUGCAGUAUGUGAACAUUAGGCAGUUGUUGUGGAACACCCAGACUUCUCCAACCGUUGUUAUGAUUUUGUUACACAAGUUAGGGAAAACACAUGGCACACACCUCCUGGGAAGGAUCACACCUUUCCUAGAAGGCGCAUAGGAAAUGGCGACUAGGAA